AUGGAACAACUAGACGCACUGCUCACGGAGCCUACCAACGAUGAGGAGUUCGAGGCAUUAUGGUCCCAAGUUAUGACCAUAGUGCCUCCUCGCCCGGACUUGUUCCCGGCGACGGCCGAUCAACUGCCAACAGCACCGCCUCCCGCCACCGACCCGCACGGACUGCCCAGGACGAUCCGGGACGCGACCACCAAGCGGCCAAAGCGUCGGGGCGUCAGCGUGCGAGCACCAUCGCACGGGCUAAUCGAAGAGGCCAAGAGGACGGGCCCCCGUCAGUGCCUCGUCCGAACCGCGACGGCGCCAAGGAAGGACGCCCCGGUAAUAGGGGUACGGGUCCAGCGGUCCUCCGCCACUAACGCCCGGAAACUCGCCGCACUCCUGGCAGAACCUCCAGCACGGCCUGGGAUGCGUCGACCGCCGUCGUCACUACCCGCAAGUCGGAAGACUGCGACAUCGGCAAGGCCAACACCGCCGGCUGUCGUCCCGACUGCGCCUCCGGCCGGCACUACCAAGCCAGAACGACCAAAGCAGCGGGGGAAAGCCGGCUUAGUGGAACUUUUCGGGGACACGCUCUCCGACCUAGAGGAGGAAAGCACCUCGACUCCGGCACCGAACCCGCAUGGCCAGCCACCAGCCGCACCAGCGAGGCCCUCCGUCAAAGCUGCGGAACCAGCCACCGCACAACCAGUCGCCGCAGCUCCAGCCAGAGCACCACCAGUCGCCGCAGCUCCAGCCAGGGCACCAAGGACACCGCCAGCAACACCGGCCAUCGUACCCUCCACACGGGACACUCCCCCGUCUGUACCAGUGCGAGUACGCGAGGAUCUAAUAAUCCACGUGCCAUAUCACGCCGCACGGAUCUCGCGGGUGUACAAGGUGCGACUCGCGACUCGUCGGUACACGCUGCGCUUUGACCGCGCCGGCCGCUGCCACUACGUGCGGGAAUUCCCGGCGUAG